CUCUUUUUCUCCUCAAUUUUGGCGUGGAAAACAAUUUUUUUCUGUUCUAGUUUGUUGAAACUUGUGUGUCUAUAUUCUGGAUUAGUAAAUCCCGUUCUUACAUGAACCUCUAGUUUUUGCUAGCAAAAUUUCAUAAGGGUUUUUGGAAUAUAAUUCAAUUUUGGAUUAUCCUGUCGUUUUUCUGGCAUCUUCAUUCCAAACAUCGAUAGCUGCAGUGUUACAUGGGGAGAACUAGUUAUUGGGGUCGUUGUGUUCAAGGAAACUCUUGUUAUGCAGGCCUCUUGGCUGUUUACGAUGUUAGUAGUUGGUGUAUCCAGUUUCUUCACCAGUGUUUCACUUCUGCUCUAGAUUGGCUAAUUUGAUCAUGCUAUGUUUGGAAAUUUCAUGAAAGUUUGUGUUACAAAAUGAGCAAACCACAAGAGCCACACCGGCCUUUCUUCCCUUUUGGGAAUCCUUUCCGCGCAAUAUCACCAAAGGGUGCAAAAGUGUCUUCUAGACUUUCUUUUCUUUUAGCUACUUUUGAGGAUUCUUUGGCAGAGAGGCUGAAGAAGCUUACUCCAAAAUCGGAGAAUGACAUACUCAGCUUCUCAUGGAUGGAAUUAGCAAUGAAGCUGCUGCGCGAAACUCACAAUGACGUAAAAACCCUUGUAGAAGAGCUUGGGUUCCCUGUGUCCGAGUGGGAUGAGAAAUGGCUAGAUGAGUAUCUGAAUAUCAGUGUGAAAUUACUUGAUAUAUGCAAUGAUUUUAGUUCUGAGCUCUCACAGUUGAAUCAAGGACAUCUUAUACUUCGUUGUGCCUUGCACAAUCUGGAAUCUACAUCUUCCAACCAGUCUGUUCGUGCCCCUUCUUCACUGGAUGCAUGGAAUCAACAUAUUAGUUCCAGAACCUCUAGAGUGGAUAGCUGUUAUCCUAUUUUGGAUAGUCUUGGGGAAUCACUUGAUCUUCCUAAGGUUAAGAACUCAUCCAAAGGCAAGGUUUUGAUGCACGUGUUGUACGCAGUGAAGGUGGUGACUUUGUUUAUUUGCAGUGUUUUUGCUUCUUCCUUCUCAGGUUCUUCCGAAUGGCUGUUACCCACCAAUGUUCCGGAUUCAUUCAGAUGGGCAAGCGCAUUUACUGAACUACAGAAAUAUGUAAAUAUGGAGAUUAAAAAAAUUUAUUCUAGUGGAAGGUUUACUGCAUUGAGAGAUGUUGAUGCAGUUAAUGAGAGAGUAAAAAAACUGCAUUCCAUGAUUCAAGGAAAUAUGGAUGACUGCAAGGAAGAAUUUCAGAAUUUGAUUGUAGAAUUGAGGAGGGAGGCAGAAAAUCUUACACAAGGUGUUGAUCAUCUUACAAAACAAGUUGAUGAGUUUUUUCAUAUUGUUUUAUCUGGACGUGAUGAAUUGCUUUCAAAUCUUAGAGCAAAUGAAGCAGUAUUUUCUCAGGGAAUGGGGGGGCUGUGUACGAGGCAACUGUGACAAUUUGAGCUUGUUGCUUAUGUAAAAGGGUUCGACUGGUUAUUAUCCUAUCUUUUGAUUGCUGAUUGUACACUAUCUUGUCUUGCUUGUCAUAGUAUAGCCUGUGCAGUAAUGCCUUCUGUUAUCUUAAUGUUAUUGUGGUUUGAGCGUGUAAUAUUGUACUUUGCAAUGAGAAUGAAAUGGAAAAGUAUAUCAUGUUCAAGUAAAA